AUGGCCGGCCUCGGCAUUCCGGUGAAGCUCCUGCACGAGGGCAUUGGCCACACGGUCACCUGUGAGCUGAAGACAGGCGAGAUGUACCGCGGCCACUUGAUGAAUUGUGAGGACAACAUGAACGCAAUGUUGGAGGGUGUCACCGUCACCGGUCGGGAUGGUAAGGUGACAAAUCUCGAGCAGGUCUAUCUAAGGCCAUACCCUCAGCAUGAGCACAUCUUUCAUUCCUUUGCCUGA